GUCCACCAAGCACUCUGUGUCUCCCGCCCACACACCCCAGGUCCCCUGUCCGUUUGCAGGUCUUUGGGUCUCUGCUCGCCUUGGCUAGAGAGGGAGAAGAUCGCUUUGACUGGAAUCUUACUGCAGGUUUGAAGUUUCAGUUCUCCAUUGCUGGCUCCAGAGCUUUUCGAAUGUCCUUUUGCCCGGCUCGGUCCAUCCAUCACCGUGCAGGGAAUAAAGCAGAAGACACGAGAAGAAAAAGGAAUUCACUGUAUAUUUCUGAGUCACCACCAGAAUCACAGAAGCUAGGAGAGGCUGAAGAUUACUGACCUGCACCAUAGUUCACGCAGCCGCUGUGAACUCACUUCAAUCCGGUGAAGAAGGGCCCUCUCCUGUCUGGCCAAAAGGCUCACACCCAUUCAAGUAUGGGUCGGGCCCGGGAAAUGGGUUGGAUGGCAGCAGGACUGAUGAUAGGGGCUGGUGCCUGCUACUGCAUGUACAAACUGACCAUGGGAAGAGGUGCGAGAAAUGAACUGGAGGACGAGGAGGAAGAUGAUUGUGAUGACGAACAGGAUCGGGAUGAAGAUGAGGCAAAUAUUUGGUUUGAUUUCACAACAAUGGCUCGGCCCUGGAGUAAGGAUGGGGACUGGGAUGAACCUGGUGCCCCAGGUGGGACUGAGGACAGACAUUCAGGUGGGGGGAAGGCAAACAGAGCACACCCAAUAAAACCGCGACCAUUCCCUUACGAACAUAAAAACACGUGGGGUUCUCAAACCUUUAAAUCCUUCAGUUGUGCUCUGGACCGGGGCAAGUGUGCUUCCAUUCAAGGAAAAAAGAUGUUCACCAAGCCCACAAAUGCUGACUUUCCCCUUAGCCACAAUGUCAGUAGGCACUGGGCCAGCAUCUCAGUGGUUGCAAACGGGAUCCCCACCCCCCAGACCACUGUGAGGGAGAAGGCUUUGUGUGUCCCAGAAAACCCGAACACCAGUAUUGGAAAUCAGGGCCAGAUUGAGAUGUCCAUCGAUGAAGUGUGUCGAGAGAUGGUGUUACAUUGCUGCAAGUUAUUUCUGCAGCAGGCCGGAUUAAAUCUGCUAAUAAGCAUGACGGUUUUUAACAACAUGCUUGCCAAGUCGGUUUCAGACCUGAAGUUUCCUUUGAUAUCCGAGGGCAGUGUAUGUGCAAAGGUUCAGGGUUUGGAAGCACUGCUGGGUUUGUCUGAAAAGCCAGUGUUGGCCGACGAGGUGCUGGCUGCCCAAAUGCUGUUCUCCUUCAUGCUCCCCUUUAUGAGAGGUGGGAACAGAGAGAUGCUCGUGGAAGCCCUCUCCCCAUAA